UCCAACCUUCAGUACCAUCAACUAGACCCCCUCACCACCAAAGGCAAUCCUAGUUAUGACUGCUGUCACACCCAUCUCCUCCCUGAAAAACACUUCUAUCUUUUUUUCCCUUUCUCCUCGAAAAAAAUAAUUUUUUUCAUAAAUAACAGUGAGCUGAGGAGAAACGAACUAGCCUCCCCUGAACAAAAAAUGGAUGAUUACACGAGAGAAAUGAUGGACCUGAAAACACUCGUCACUCGAACCCUAGAGAAAAAGGGCGUCCUUGCUAAGAUCCGGGCUGAACUGAGGGCAAGUGUUUUUGAGGCAAUUGAAGAGGAGGAUAGGGUAAUUGACAAGGAUGAAGGCCUACCCCCAGCAUUAUUAGGAAGCUGCAAUGAUCGUGCUAAACAACUUCACGCUUCUCCAUCAGGGAGGCUGCUAACUGCACUAAUAUGUGAAUACUUAGACUGGGGGCAGCUAAAUCACACGCUAAAAGUCUAUUUACCAGAGUGCAAUUUGCAAAAGGAUUCUUGGAAAGCUGAGUUGAAAGAAUUCAGUAGCAAGAAUGGAUAUGACCUGAACAGGAAUGGAGAUAGUGCUCCUUUGCUUUUGGAUGUUCUUGAAGGAUUCUUGAAGUUUGAGAAUUUAUCCCAAGGAAGGGGUACUGGAAGGAGAAUGUCAGAAACUGAGUCCUUAUCCAAUGUAGAGUCUAGGAACAUGCGAAGACCCUCAUCAUCAUCUGUUGCUGGUGGCUUACCUCCAUUAAUAAGGCCAGCUUCUUCCCAGGCAUAUGAUAGGAGAGCAGGGUCUUCCAUGUCUGGUUACAGGAAAGAUGAUAACAGUUGGAGAUAUGAUGGUGAUGAACUACCUGAGGAUGUUAUUCGAGCUUCUACUGCCCUUGAAAACCUUCAGUUGGACAGGAAAGCUAGGAAUCUGACUACAUCCUGGAGGCAUGCUGGGGAUGGCAUCAGUGAUGACGGGGGGAGGGCUGACCACAUUUAGCAUCCUCGAACGAUGCAGCAAUGAGUAGCUUAGUGUGUAUUUUAUUUUUAUCCACUAAUGUUUUUUUCAUCAGCAAAACGAGGUAGCGAUCUGUGUUUUGUUUUUCGGUUAAAUAUAUUGUGAGGUGCUGUAGUGUUUUGAUGAGUUUUCUUGCUUCUUUUCUUCGUUUUGGACACAAUUUGAAAUCUCAAUUAGUGAUUGCCAUAAAA